ACCGGAGAGUGACGAGCACCAUCUACCUCCGAAACAACCAUUGCGAAAACUGACUGUUUUGUUAAGAAUUUUGUAGAGGUGCGGCUCCUCGUUUCUUGUCUUUUCACCGGUCCUGGGUGACAAACAGAUGGACAAGAUGAACCACAGCUCAGCUGAAGCGGAGACUGAAACCAUAGAACCGCUGCGUUACCUCAGUAAAGGCGAGGCAAUCGCCAUCGAGACAGAACUCAUGCGGGACUACAAGUUUGGACAACAGCAGCUCAUUGAGAUCUGGGGACACGCCUGCGCGCUCGCCGUCUCGAAGGCCUACCCUCUCAAUUCUUUAGCGAAGAAGCAGCCAACAGUGCUGGUGAUUUGCGGGACAGAGCAGAACGGCUCCAUCGGCCUGGUUUGUGCACGACACCUGCGCAUGUUUGAAUAUGAGCCCACCAUCUACCACCCAAAGCGAUCCCCUCACAGUCUGCAUCAGGAUUUCACGGUUCAGUGCGAGAAGAUGGACAUCCCUUUCCUUUCCUAUCUCCCCACAGAGGUCCAGCUCAUAAACGACGCCUACAACCUAGUGAUUGACGCCAUGUUGGGCCCCGAGGACGACGCCCUCGACAUUAAGGAGCCUUACGCCGGGAUUCUGGUGACCCUCAAGCAGGUCAAGAUCCCCAUAGCCAGCGUGGACGUGCCCUCAGGUUGGGAUGUCGAAGAGGCAGGUCAGGAUGGGAUAAACCCAGAAGUGCUCAUCUCUCUGACGGCACCAAAGAAGUGCGCUAUGAGUUUCUCGGGGAAGCAUUUCUUGGCCGGACGCUUCCUGCCUUAUGAUAUCCAGAAGAAAUAUGACCUCAACCUCCCAGAAUACCCGGGCACAGACUCUGUCAUUGAACUGUAAAGCACGAGAAAUAUUUUGGGAGCGUCUCUUGUUUUGCAUCUUACUGAUGAGAACAAAUAAUGUCUCAGUCGUGUCUUUAGGAGUAGGAGGAUUUAGAACCUGUGAUCUGGUGGCUUUUUAGGGGUAUGCUGGAGGUGUUUCUGUAUCAGUCUCCGCAUAUGAACUGUAGCAUUAUACAUGUUGGAUUUAUUUAACAAAAGAGAUUUAUUUCACCAAACUUUUUCUUGUUUGAUACUGAAACGUGCAACAGUUGGAAUUUUUUUUCAUUAUAGCAAUAUUUUUGUCUCUCUUCUUUUGCUUUUACAAAA